AAAUUCUUUCAGAAUGAAACAACACUGGAUGAGGUCCAACCAUCUCAUUCUCGUCAACACAAGCCUGAAUACAUGGACCUAAAUGAGGUACCUGCAUUUGGAAGUGAGCGUGAAGAAGAAGUGACAAUCGGCAUGUCACAGGUGGAACGUUCAUCCCUAAGAACUGAUUACGCGCCUCUUCAUCCAUCCACACGCUCAUGGGAAAUUCCACGAAGAAGUGUAACCAUAGAAAAGGUCAUCGGCGGAGGUGCCUUUGGUCAGGUUGCCAAGGGAACCGCAAUAGAUCUUCGAGGAAGAGCAGGAAAGACUGCAGUAGCUGUUAAAAUGCUUAAAGGUAAUCCUCACCUAGCAUCUGUAGCUGAAAAUGGCAACCUCGUCCCCAGGGCUUUUCCCUUAAAAAAUGGGUGGGGCGGGAAAAGGCCCUGACUUCGGCUGGUCACAUGCACAACCUAAAUAUUCCUGAGAAGCUAAUUUAUAUGCAACCCGCUGGUUUUGCGCUGACAGAAGGGAGUAACAAUGGAAAAUACUAACAUCGCGAACUAUGUCAAUAUUUUCCCUUGUGUGAGAUUCAAAAGCUUAAGAUCCAUUUAAUUGCGCAUUAUUCAAAUGCUACAUGUUUAUGAAAGGGCGUACCGGCUCUACGUUGUCACGCACAAAAUAUGUCAAAUGCUUCAGAGUUGAGACAAGCUGUUAUCGACUAGUACUUUGACUAAACUUCAUCGUGACUGUGGAAUUACUGUACGAUCAAGCGGAAAGUGAUUUUGUCCAAUGUCAAACAAAAAUGCGGGCCUUUGCCUCCAGGAUUGAAAUUGAUUGAAAUACAAUUGUUCAUCAAAAUGCUUCAUGGAGUCUGGUCUUCUCUACAACCCGAUCACGAAACAAACAAAUCUCCGCACCGGAUGCAAGUCAGCCCUCCAGCAAGGAACGAUGACAGGUCGCCGAUCUGAAUCAUUUGAAGACCUCUGAUAUCUUUUCUCUUCCGAGGAUAAGUACAAAGGAUUUUAAUUUCCUUGUAUGAAAGGGAAGAUUGCCGGAUCGACUGGAAUCAACUACAGCUCUGUCGGUUAUAAAUGGACCCAAGUCUUUCUUUGUUGCCAGUCGUUUGAUCGCAGAGGUCAAUGAAUUUUAAAAAAAUACAGGUCAUACAGGCUAGUCUAAACCAACGCGUGUCGCUAUGAUAUGGCUGAGAGUUAAGGUGAAUAGAACCAGCAAGUGUACGGCGGCCCACUUCGCAAGAAAUGAAAUAAAAUAUCAGAAGAGUCGAGAAAGCGGUCUUUUCCAGUACGUACUUUAUGCAUGUACGGUAGCUUGUUUAUCAUUUAUACAGCUCUAUAAACAGACGUUUUACAAAUGUUACUCCCUGCCCCCUUCAUAGAAAUCGAAGGAAAGCAAAACAUUACCAUGGCCAGUAUCUGUGACAAAAAGGAAAUCUUGCAAAACCUUUCGAUCAUCAAGAGAUAUAAAAGGCCGCCCCAGGUCGCGCGGUGUGAGAUUACGCAUAAUUUUAGCUUUCCACAUAGCGCUUAUUUAUUACACCAAGGAUUUUAGGGUGUACGAGGGGACACGUGACCAGCCGAUGCCAGGCCUUUUCCCGCCCCACCCAUUUUUUAAGGGAAAAGCCCUGGGGACGAGGUUGUGAAAAUGGUAUAUGUACCUUUUGGAGGAUUUAUGUGGAGUUAAACAGUCUAACGUAACGGGAAAUAACGGAAGGAAAAGAAAGUUGUAUACGCGCUUUUUCACUAAAUAGUUAAAGGGUAGAACAUUAUCAAAAACAUAGGAAUAUUAUUCAGUAGUGUUCUCAAAGGAUGUUAGGUCCAUAUUGUUUAGAUUUCAGUGAUCGUUUAUUUUUAGCUUCCGCUCCUGAGUCUGACAGAAGGGAUCUUUUAUCUGAACUCGAAGUAAUGAAGACGCUGAAACCUCAUCCACACGUCAUACGACUACUGGGAUGUGUUACCGAAACAGUUAAAAUAUUUGAAGUAUUAAUGAACAAAAUUGUACACACAUUUGUAGAACUUGACAGUUUACCUCCAAAUUUCCUGUAUUAUAGCCUUUAUUAUAGAAAAACCCCGUUUAGCUGAAACGUUGUUGGCUUCAACAAAUUUUCCAGACCCACUAUUCGUUUUAAUCGAGUAUGUCCCAUAUGGAGAUCUCCUGGGCUACCUGAGAAAGAGCCGUGGACUCGAUGAUACUUAUUACAAGGACCCAGAUAACAAACCACAAUCACGUCUGACGUCAGAACAACUAAUGAAGUUUGCUUGGCAGAUUGCUGAUGGAAUGAGUUACUUGUCAUCAAGAUCUGUACGUAGCCUUUUGUUUUUGUUUUUAUCUAUUUGCAAGUAGUUAUUUUAAUACACCGGUUUAAGUAAUGUAUUUAAAAACACAAAAUGUAAACUAAGUUGGAAGUAGGCUCGAUUUCCGCCGUCUCCCGGGUCCGGUCCCGAACAGCGGCUGCUAAUCGAGCCUACGUUGGAAGCGACAUAUCGUGGUUGUAUUAUGCGGCCAGGUUUAAUCUCCGUUUUAGCUUUCAAUCAAUCAAAUCUUCAUUUUAACACAAUCAUCAGGUCGGUACAAUAUAAAAUACAACUACAAUAUAAUUUCUAAUAACAAAACAAGAGCGAUGGUUAGGAAAUAUCGACCAUCGAGUGGCAAGUGUUGGAAGAUCGAUUUCCUUCACUUUUUGUCCAUAAAUAGCUUUUAGGUAGAUAAGUUAUCUGAUGUAAGUUAUUCUCGCAAAAAGCCUUUUAUUUGCGAGAAAAGUUUAAAAAAUAUCAGUUUUCGUGGUCGGAGUCUCAAAAUGGCCGUAAUUUCAACCCGAAAUUUGCUAACAUCAACUCUCCUCGCGUUCGCAAAUAAAGGCGUAAGGAGAAAUUUGGACAAUUCCUAUCAACAGAACAGCUCUUCUUCUUUCAAUAGAAGGUACUUUCAAAGCAAUAUCGAGACUCGUUGAUCUGACAUAAUUCAAAAACGAAGAACAGGUUUUUACGGUGACAAAAACUUUAAUUUAGUAGUUGUUUUCUGCGGCAUUAUUCUUCAUGUGGUAUAGCUCCAAAUUUUCCUAGUCCUCGUUUAUUCACACAUUUAGACAUUCAUCUAAAACAUACCAGAGAAUUGGCUCGGCUUCCUGAAGGCAGCCUCCAAACGAAAGCAUCGAAGUCGGGUAAAUAUAGUGAAGAGUGACCAAAAUAACUUAUUUAACAGCUCCAAGUUUCCUCGAUCGUAAAGUAACCGCCGACAAUUCCUGUUCCGUCAUCCUUAGCGAAUUACCAUUGUUAAAGUCCUUAUUUUUCGAUAAACAGUGAGUACCACAUUACUAGCGCGUGUGAUUAUUUCCUUCUUCAAAUUAUCGGCACCGAAAAUGUUACUCUUUCAAGAAUUGCGUUGCGUUACUACCGUGAUUCCGUGACUUUCAUUUUGACGACACCGUCUCUGAUCUUCAAACGUUAACCCUAUGGCAGGUGCUGUCACGGAAGAGAUUGUUACCCGGAGUGGCCGGCUAGUGGAGUUCAGCGUUUCAAAAUCAGGGGCACCCAACAACGAGUUUUGGAAAAUAUCUGUUCGGAAGACGAUCUGAGAUCUAGAAUUUUUGGAACAUUUGUUGUUAAAUUUCUUGCUUGCCUACCUCUCUUAGGAUUUUCGAACCCCCCCCCCCCCAAAAUGGUAUAAUUGCUCAUUUUUAGCGGAUUUUUAUCCUAAGAAGGUCACCUAGAAUUUUCGUGAGCCUUUUUUCUGGCUGUAUAAUUUUCGGAUCACUAGACUUUCAACUAGGAAAUUCGAACAGAUGAAAAAUUUCUAGGGGAUAAAAAUGUGCCUAUAUCUACCGUUUAAAUACUAAAAUACGUUCAACAAUGCUAGUUUAAGUGGUUUUGAACUGUAUUCUCGUUGGGUGCCCCUGCAAAAUGGCUAAAAUUCACCCAGUUUCACCUUUUAACUCCACCCUUUGAUUGAAAUAAGCAACUUUGCAACGGGGAAACCCACAACAACUACGAAAAACGAGCUUUUAGGCUGUAACCUUCUGUAUUUGUGCUUUUCGAAAUUGGAAGUGUUUACACAAUUGCCGUCGGCCUACCAUGAAAAUUCCUGAACUUCGAUGGUGUCUUACAGAGAUUUCCUUCAAUAACCCGAGCCAAUUUCCAGGUAUGUUUUUAAUGAAUGUCUAAAUGUGUGAUUUAAAUAGCAUAAAGAGAAUUUGGAGUUAUACCACGUGUUAAACUGAUUGCCGUCGAUAAUGAGUAACGAACUUAAGUUUUUGUUAUCCUGAAAACCUAUCCCUGAUUUUUGAAUUAUUUCAGUAUGACGAGCUUCGCUAUUGCCCUGAAAGAGUAUCUUCUUGUGGAAGAAAAAUAGUUUUUCUGUUCGUGGAAAGUGUCCAGAUUUCUCCAUACGGCUUCGUUUGCGAAACCGAGGAAAGUUGAUGUUAGCAAAUUUCAUGUUAAAAAUUAGGGCAGUCUGAGACUCCGACAUCGAAAACCGAUCUUCUAGUUUUUCUUACAAAUAAAAGGCUUUUGGCGGAAACAAUCUACAUUAGGUUCCUUACCUACCUAAAAGCUUUCUAUGAACCAAAAAUGAAAGAAAUUGAUUUUUCAACUCUUGCCAGGAAAAUAAGAUUUUGGUCGAUUUUUUCCUGACCGUCCCUCUUAAUAGAGGGGGACAUUGGGGGGGGGGGGGGGCCCCAAAACCCAAAACCCAAAAAAAAAAUGGGAAAAACCCAAAAAACCCUUUAAAAAAAACAAAAAAAACCAAACCCCCAUUUUAUAUGGGGCCCCUUCUUUUAAAACUUUAUCCUUUCCGCGUUUGUUUUUUUUUUCAAAGUUUUUUGUACCCAAUACCGCAAUACCGUAAGAAAAAUUGGCAAAUACCGAAAUACCGUUUCAAAAAUCGACGAAAUACCGAUACCGCAUUUAUGAUCGGUCACCUUUACUUAAAGCUGUAUCCAUCUCGCGUUAGUUUGUUUAUCUCAAGUAUGUAUGCUGCAGAAAUCAACCUCAUACAUUGUAAGAAAAAGUUAGAGGACCUUGAUCAGUACAACGAUCGAAAAGCCCUGUCAUUGGAGCGACGAGCGACGUCUUGAGUGCUUUAAUGGACGUGAUGGAGUAGUACCUAAUAAAUUAAACAUAAGUAGAGACUACAUGAAAAGUGGGAAGUUAAAAUCAAACUAUUCUUUAUUUUGUGCUGUGUUGAGAUAUAAAGACAAAUAAUUAAAAAGCACAUGGUUAAGGCACAUGGUCGGCUCGGCUUCUAGGUUAAAGCUGAGAAAAACUCCAAAGCAAUUCACUAACCAGAAUUAUUUGCAUCGGCUUUUAAUUCAUUCUCUUGUUCGCUGAUACAUGGCUCUAUCAAUCAAGAAACAAUAACAUAUCAAGCUUUGGUUAGAGAGCCAACAAACGUUUGCAAAAUUAAAGAUCUCAAUACUGAAAGCUACAGGAAUAUCUCUUACCUUCUGCUGCUCUCUUCUGUUUCUCUGAUGGAACUUCAUCUUUAUUGGGAAUAUCAUCAGAGCGUCUUCUUUUCAAAAAAUCGCGAAGUUUUUCACGUGUUCUCAUUUCUAAUGAACCCCGCUGGAAAAAUAGACGAUUUCAUGCCAACUACAUUCGACGUCCACGCAGCGCACACAGCGAGCUGUGACAACUGAUACCUUAAUGAUCUACGUGAAACUAGACCGCGCGGUCAUGGGAACAAAAUUCAAAGAUAACCCUCGCAGCAUGGCGCGAGCUAAAAAAAGUUUGAAAAUAAUUAUCAUGGGGCACAGGGAUUCGCUCUCUUACCUCAUUCUCUCUUGAGAUUGUAUAAUCAUUUACCAUUAAGUCUUAAAUCUUAAAAAUGUUAACUUUUAUUAACCUAUUUAGCUUACUGUGGUUGGUGCUGCAGUUGUAUUGACCAGUAUUAGACAGGAGAGCGCAAAUAAAUGGUACCGCAAUACCGUGGAGGAUCUUUUACCGAAUACCGUUAACCAAAAGGAUGAAAACCGCAUACCGCAGGGCUAGAUGAUACCGCAAUACCGCACAUUAAAAUCAAAAUUACCGAAAUACCGCUUUAAUAGUGGUUGUCAGGGAAAACCGGGCAAAAUGUUAAAAAUGUCAACGGAAGGGGGUCAACAGAAUAAGUUCAUACUAACAUCAUAGAUAGGUUAGGUGGAGUAAUGGACAAAUAUACCAAACAUAGGUUCUUCAUUGCUCUUGUAUUAGAGAUACGAGCAUCAUUUUAUUCGACUCCCUCGGACGCCAUUUUUAUAAGCAAAUUUUCACCAUUUUCUGAAACUCACAGAACCCUCAAAAUUUAACGAGCGAAGUUUAUUUUUUGUAUGCGAUACAACACAUCACAGAAAUACUUUCUAAAACCAUAAGAAUUGUUACACAGCCACGGACAAGACUAAAAUUUUCUUAUUUCAACUGACCAAAGCUCAGUGUCUGCAAACGAGCAAAAACUUGAGCAUUUUUUAGAGAUAGAUAGAUAGUUUAUUUUUAACAAGCUUGCAGCUACUAAGCUGAAUUGUGUAUUUACAAUAUAAUAUAUAAUAUAAUAUAACAAAAUCUUACAAUAGGGAGUAUUAUAAGAUGAUAAUGAUAAAGUCCUAAAUAAAUAAUAACAUCCUAUAAAUAUAAAAAAGCUUAAAACUGUUAAAAUAUAUACAACGUCAUCGAUCUCAUUUACAAAACUCACCGAGCGCUAAAAUUCGUUAUCAAUACAUGAUCUUACUAAAAAACUAUUUUUGAAACGAUCGGUCUUACAUUUGGAAUCGCAAAACGCGUUUUGCACCGAAGAUUAUAACACGACGGCCCUGACGAUUGAAGCAUGUUACGUAAGCGAUUGGCCGGGUCAUUAGCAAUCGAGAGGAAGGUCUUUUUACAUAAGCUAUAGCGAUGAAGUCAUUGAUAGACAUAAUAUUUGAAAGCUCUAAGGCCUUUCUAUAGGCCAGUCCCGGGCAAAUGAUUGAUAGUGCCCUUUUCUCUACAUUCUCUAGAUCUUUCUUUAAAUACAAUGGCAGGGCGUAGAAAAACGAAGGCGAUGCGUAGGUCAUGACUGCGACCUUAUACAAGAUGUAUAAAAAAGAAUUAAUUCAUGCUUUGCGACAUUGGCCCUUUUCAAUUGUAUUAGGAAAUACAUACGUUUAGAAGCUUGCUUUAUGAUUUGAUCAAUGUGCAUAUUCCAUGUAAGGUUGUUGGAGAUCGUAACACCUAGUAAUUUAGUGCUUUCAACACAUUCUAGCACUUGAUUAUUUACUACUAUAGGCGCGAGUUGUGGUUUGUUUUUUGCAAAUGAAAUCCUAAGCUCUUUACAUUUUUCACUGUUUAGUUGUACUCUAUUCUCAAAAGACCACUGAAUUGAUCUACAGCGCACAACUAAAACGACAGAACAACUCUGACAGCCAAAUUGCAGUCUACUAUCAUCCAUGUAACCGAAACACUAAUAAUCAUUUUGGGCCAUUGAAACAGGAAGAAAUUAGAAAACUCACAUUUGUUAUAGUUUCCAAGCUCUUUCUUGCAAACAGGCCGAUUCCUUCGUGUUUGUUUUAAGUCCUCUUCGUGAAUUUUCUUUCAUAUUUCGCUGUAAAGUAUGUUCAUCAGUUGGAGAACAUAUCAAAAAGCUCGAAAUACUGCCUAGGUUACCUUUUGAAAGGGUAAAAAGUACUGAACAAUAGGAUGAAACUUGAAAAUAACAAAGCGACGCCAUCUUGAAAAUUCAGCACUCAGGAGGGACUGGCACUAGUAGCUGCCUUGUCCACAAACUGAUCAAUUACCAAAUAGAUAAAAAACAAAAACAAACAAACAAGCAAACCUGGUUAUCAGUGACCUAUUACAGUCCUAUUUCUUCUUCAAUCACUACUUUUAGUUAAAUUUGACUUGUUUUGUGUUUUUUGGCGGAGUGAUGGGGUGUGGUGAAAUGGUGACCAAUUAGCAUUACUUUAUUCAGUCUUCAUUUGCUCUUCAUUCACUUCAUUUUUAGUUAUCCCGUAUAAGUCUUUCUUUGGACUCUUUAUUGUAUCAUCUAUUUUUGCGUCAGUCUUCAAUCACCGUCCAUGUCCGAAGGUGCACUCGUCUCCUGUUCAUGAUUUCAUGAUGCACUUUUCAUAGUCCGGAAGGCUUCGCCCAAAGGGUACCUCUUUCAAGCAUCAGGUGUAACAAAGGGUGGGAAAAUCACAAGUUGAAGUAUGUGAAAGGAGAGGAAACUCUUUCAUUAAGUAAUUUAAAGGGCCUUUUAUUAAAAUGCUUAGAAGAAACACGCCUUAUGGCAAUAUAAUUUACAUGUUAAUUCAGAUUAAGGUUACACGAAAAUGGCCCGAAGACCACCUUUCUUACCGAUUUAUUCUCACGAAGCAGGUAUACGAAAAGGGUACAACUUUUCAAUAGGGAAAGGGGUAUCUUUUGUCAAAAAUAGUGUAUUUAAGGGUAAGGUACUGGACCUCGGGGCGAAGCCUCUCCGAACAAAGCUUUAUUGAGUAGUCUCUCACCCCCCUCCCCUUCUCCCUAGGGCUUUCCACAAGUUGCUCGGCAACUUUUUGGCAACUUCUAGUAUUUCGAGCAACUUUUUUCGUUUCAAGCAACUUUUUGCAUAAUUUCUGAGCAAUUUCUCUUACUAGUUUUUUCCAAUUCUGAGAUAUCUGAGCAGCUUUUAGUGCUUAAAUUGGCCUUGCUUCCAUAUUGCACAGUGUUUUAGUAGACAAUUUAUGAAUUUCCUAUGAAAAAGAAGCCAGAUCCUCACCCCUUGGGGGCAGAUGAUGGGCGCAAGAUGCAGCCGGGCUGCUAGGUCAGAGGGUUUUUUGAACAAAAAGGCAAAAUGGGGUACUUUGAUUCACACUCAACUGACACGAGUGCCUAAGGUGAAAAAGGUCAUUCAGCAAUCUUAAUGGCUCAUACUAGACGUUUUACAAGAUUAAUAUUAAUAUUGAUGUGUAGUCUUUACUCAUACAUUUUUUGGUUUUAAUUGUGGUUUACGGGGUCCUGAUGGAGGACAGAGUUAUCUAGCAACGCUAUUUACGCUGCGAAAUUGCACAAAAUUACGUUUUUAUACUCUAUCAGGAGCCAUAUAUAUCUCAAUCGGGGUAGUAGACAGUAACUGGAUACCUUUUCCAGGGAUGGGUUUGACUUCAUCGAAAUAUCAGGAGCACUCAACGAGAAGAUAGUUCAAAACCACUUAAAAAUGGCAUUGUUGGUAUUUAAAUGGUAGAUAUAGGCAUAUUUUUUUCAUCUAGAAAUUUUUCAACUGUUCGGAUUUCCUAGCUGAAAGUCUAGUGAUCCGAAAAUUAUAGGCAUCAAAACUUACCUUUUCGAAAAUUUCAGCCAGAAAAAAGGCUCCCGAAAAUUCUAGGUGACCUUUUAAGGGUAAAAAUCCGUUAAAAAUGGGCAAUUAUACCAUUUUUCAGAUGGUCGAAAAUCCUAGGAGAGGCAGGCAAGCAAGAAAUUUUUCAACAAAUGUUCCGAAAAUUCUAGAUCGCAAAUCGUCUUCCAAACAGAUAUCUUCCGAGAAUUGUCGCUGGGUGCCCCUGAAAUAUAUAUCACAGCCAUUAAAUGUGCUAUUUUUAGCACAUUUUGUGCCAUCUCGUGUGACUCGCGCGCGCAUUUUUUGCAACAGCGCUGUGGAAAAGAUUAACAAACGAAAUGGCGUUGAAAAUAACUUCCUUAGGAGAUGAAUAAAUUCCAUUUCUGUCAUCAUUGCCUCCUCUGAAUUUAAGGCAAGACCUUGACAAUUUCUCUAAAUAUGAGGACUGCUAAUGUUAAACAACGCAGUGAGAGUGUUUUUGACAAAUCCAGUGACGAAGAGAUGUAGGAGAUGUCAAUUCUUUCACAGCUACACCAGUAAACAAAAAGGAACCCAGUGGCUGUAAUCUUCCAGGUGUACGACUUCUAUCAAUGAUCAAUAUGAUGUAAAAGGUACCAACUCGAGUUAACACUCAUACCCCUUUUACAAAUUUUUGAACGGCCAAAAACUUGCACGGAUCCGCCUUUUCUUUACAUGCGAGCCACGGAACCGUAAAGGGUUUUUGAGCUGCAAACAGUACUGCAAUCUGUAAAAGAAUUUGCAUGUUCCCUCUAAACGUGUCGUUUAUCAUGUGUGGACCGUGCAAAGGGCAUUCUGAAAAAGAAGUGAGCAGGAAAAACAAUGAUAUGGAUGGGGUACGGAGUGAGAGUCGUAAGAACUUCUUUCAACCUUGUCCCAUUUUUUAAGGAAAAAGCCCUGGGGACGAGGUUCAACUCCUUUAAUGGUACUUUUUAAUAAAAGCUCCUUCCGGACCUUCCGGUAUACCAGAUUCUGGUAAACCCUAUGAAUGGUUUAUUUUGACAGCUCUUGUCAACAUUCGAAGGUCUAUUACCUUAUGGAAAUGCGAAGUGACAGCGAUGAGAUCAUCAGUUAGAAGGCUUACUUUUAAAAAAGUACUACGUCCGCUGGCUCUCUUGGCCGCUUUGCGGCCUAAAAUGCCCGCCCCGCACACUGAUUCAACUGCAUAUACUAUGCCUAUUUUAAUAAACAGUUGGUAAUAAUAAUUAUUGCAAAUUUUACAGCAAGCAAUAUCCACAGCCCGCAGUUAGCCCGCACGCUUCGAAACUCGCGAGGUUGAUAUAUAGCAAGUCUAGCUAGCUCGCAUGAUGGCGAAGUUAAGUGAUUUAUAAAGAGACAAAAUAGAUCUUCAAUAUUAUCUACAUUCACGGGACACCUCUAAAUGAGGAGGGAAUAAAGCAAUGCCAGUUAAUCACCAAUUACCCUGCGAUCAGGCGUUCUUUUUGUUUUUUAUUUUGAAAGAAAAACAAGCUACAUUCAACUAAAAGAAGUUAUUGAAGAAGAAAUAAGACUGGAGUAGGUCGCUGAUAAGCUUGGUAAUCUAGAGCCCACGAACGGAGCUACUAGUGCCAGUCCUUCCUGAGUGCUGAAUUUUCAAGAUGGCGUCGCUUUGUUAUUUUCUAGUUUCAUCCUAUCGUUCCGCACUUUUUACCCUUCAAAAUGUAGCCUAGGCAGUAUUUCGAGAUUUUUGAUAUUUCCUCCAGCUGCUGAACAUACUUUACAGCGAAAUAUGAAAGAAAAUUCACGAAGAGGACUUAAAACAAACACGAAGGGAUCUGCCUGUUUGCAAGAAAAAGCUUGGAAACUAUAACAAAUGUGAGUUUUCCUAAUUUCGUCCUGUUUUAAUGGCCCAAAAUGAUUAAUAGUGUUUUGGUUACAUGGAUGAUAGUAGACUGCAAUUUGGCUGUCAGAGUUGUUCUGUCGUUUUAGUUGUGCGCCGUAGAUCAAUUCAAAAAUGCCAGAUUUUUUGCUCGUUUGCAGGCACUGAGUUCAGGUCAGAUAAUGUCCGUGGCUGCUUAACAAAUCUUAUGGUUUUAGAAAGUAGUUCUGUGAUGUGUUGUAUCGCAUACAAAAAAUAAACUUCGCUCGUUAAAUUUUGAGGGUUCUGUGAGUUUCCGAAAAUGGUGAAAAUUUGCUUGUAAAAAUGGCGUCCGAGGGGGUCGAAUAAAGUAAUGCUCGUAUCUGUAAUACAAAAGCAAGGAAGAACCUAUGUUUAUUAUAUUUGUCCAUUACUCCACCUAACCUAUCUAUGAUGUUAGUAUGAACUGAUUCCGUAGACCCCCAUCCGUUGACAUGUUUAACAUUUUGCACGGUUUUCUCUGACAACCACUCUUAAAUAAAGCGGAAUACCUUAAUACCGUAAACCCCAAUGUCCCCCUCUUAAUACGUAAUUACAGACGUCUCUUCAGUAAAAAUUCGAACACUACUCAUAAUUACACAAAACUAGACCUGUUUUCCAUGAAUGCCGUGUAUCUAACUUAAUUAAUUAGCUUUAUUGCUAAUCGUGAUCAAUGCAAAUAGAACAAUGAAUUACUGCCUUGAUCUUAAUGAAGGUCUUAUUAACAUUAGCGACAUUCAUUCAAGAUUCCUGUGGAAAAUAGGCAAUAAACCAUGCCACCUAUACUACCAAACUAAUGUGUGGGUGUGAUGAUUUAUAAAUGAAUCAAUGAAUGAGUGCUUCAUUAAUAUGCCAUGGUCCAGAAAAGGUACAAAUCGUGCCCUGAAUUCAAUUCUCUCCUGCCAGUUCUAAUUUUAUUGAUUGGUAAACGGUUUCUUAUAGAUCAUUCACCGAGAUCUUGCAGCUCGUAACGUGUUGGUUGGAGAAAGAGAAACAUGUAAAGUGACUGACUUUGGAAUGGCCAGGAAUGUCCAACAGGAGAACAUUUAUGAAAGAAAGACAAGGGUAUCUGAGUUAGGCUAACUUAACUGAGAUUAUUUAUGAUGAACUGUUGUACUCCAAAUCUAAUCACAGGAUUUCAAUUUAUUUAUUUAUUUUCUAUUUUCAAUCUCAUUUUUGUUCUUGACUGUGAUCGAAGGUGAUUGCUAUUUUUUGGGUGUACAUAUAAGACUAUUAACUCGAUGUAAGAUUUGUUUCACUCAUGGACUGUUUGCAAUCUAUUUUUCUCUAAAAUCACUUACCCUUUCCCUCAAAAGUCACAUUAAUGUGCCCUUAAGUUAACUGAUUUGUGGAUUGCAAGUUUAUUGUUUGAUUUAGACACAGACCUUUUUGUUUUAUCUUUUUGUUAGCUUUUUUGGACCUGACCGUGCACAACGUUCAAUAGCAUUCCCAUAGUUUUGAACUUACUGACCAAUAAGAACAUCGCUUUAGUUUAUUCAGACACAAAGGAUUGUGCACGAUCAGGGAGCUUCCAAAUAAACUACAGCACCGUUGUUUUCAACUUUGAUGUUUGCCGGCUUUCCUAAUCAGUCUCCUCUAUUAACUAUGAUUUAAAUUAUAAAUUUAUUAAUGGGAGAUUCGCUUUUAGCCCUAGCCAAAUCAAUAUAUUACGAACUUGUUUUGCUCGAUUCUCUGAUCAAGGUAAAAAAACAAAACGGAAACAACUCGUUAUCGCACUUAUUUGCGAUUGACUUCUGAAUAAAGCACUAUAUACUUCAUUUUGUGUAAGAAAUUUUACAAUAGAUGUUUGUUUUACUUUUAAUCGUGUAACCAUCAGGGACGCCUACCAGUCAAGUGGACUGCAUAUGAAGCAUUAAUGUUUAACACUUAUACCACCAAGAGUGACGUGUGAGUAAAUACAGAUUGCCUGGCAAUAGAAUUUAAGAUGUUUGCAAAUUUUAAGUAGUUCUUGUUUUGUUAUUUUCACAAACAAAUCAUCGCUUCCAUAUAUUUGCAGUUGGAGCUAUGGUGUUGUUCUUUAUGAGAUUUUCACUGUAGGUAAGUAAAUUUUUUUCCUGAUUAACGAUAAUGGCCUAAUUGUCGUGGAAACUUCCUUGGCAACAGGUUCUGGAGACGUAGUUUGUUCGAGUUUCUUUUUUUUCAGGUGGUUGUCCGUAUCCGCGAAUGGAUGGCAAGAAAAUUGCAAGCUUACUUCAACAAGGAUACAGGAUGCCCAAGCCGCAGCACGUGGAUGAGAAAUUGUAA